AUGCACGCGUUGUUCGGUGAACAGAGCCCCUAUGCUUACCGCGGUGGUGCGACCGGCGGAUACUCAGCUGGUGUCACACCGUACGCCUACGAACAGUAUCGAUACGGCUACGGUGCUCCCUAUCUCCAUCCCCAUCAGCAGCAUGUUGGCACCCCAAAAGAUAUGGUCAAACCGCCCUAUUCCUACAUAGCCCUGAUCGCAAUGGCCAUCCAAAACGCGCCUGACCGUCGGAUAACGCUCAACGGCAUAUACCAGUUCAUCAUGGAGCGGUUCCCGUAUUACAGAGAAAACAAACAGGGCUGGCAGAAUUCAAUUAGACAUAAUUUGAGCCUCAACGAAUGUUUCGUGAAAGUCGCGAGGGACGAUAAGAAACCUGGCAAAGGGAGCUAUUGGACGCUAGACCCCGAUUCGUAUAAUAUGUUCGAUAACGGAUCAUAUCUACGGCGGCGGCGCCGGUUUAAGAAGAAAGACGCUUUAAAAGAAAAGGAGGAAGCGUUGAAGCGGCAGCAACAGCUGCAACAAGCGCAAGAGGCACUAGCAGCGCAAGAAGCGCUCAGUGCUGCGGACGCACUUGGUCAGCAACGCGACGUGAAGCCCGAUGUAAAACCCCGAAUUUUCGAAUGCAGACCAAAGCGGGAACCGGGCGCUGACUGUGCAAGAUAUGAGAAACCUAAUGACGCGCUUGAUGACUUCAGCGAACCACGAUUACCACCGUCUGCUGUUUAUUGUUCACCGCAACCUUACUCCUUGGCCGCGGAAGACUUCAGAGCGGCAACGUCCGGCUGGUACACUGCCCCAGAACCACCAGCCGAACAACUGCCGCCGGCCUUCAGAGAUCUCUUUGAACCGCCUAGCUGCCAGCUGGCCGGCUUCCGCGGCGGCUCGCCGGUGCCCGACGCGUACCGCGCGUCGCCGCCACCCCACCACCAUUACCGUACGCCAGCACCGUCGUACUACCACCACCAAGCCUGCGUAGCUGCCGCACCCGCGCCCGCCCACAAGUCCUACUGA